AUGGAUCUUGCUGAGGAGGUUGGGCAUUUUGCGCUUCUGGACGAUGAAUAUUUUGAUCCACUUGUGAAGGCCUUUGAGACACAGGGUAUAACUUCCCAAGAGCUUCUGCUGUGGUCUGUGGAAGACAUAUCGAAAAAGACAGGGCACCCUGAACAAGACGUGAAGACGUUUGUUUCUGAUCUGAAGCUGCAUCUUCAGAACAGUAUCCCCAAACCACAAACUAUUGAUGACAGCAUUCCAAAGCAGACUUGUUUUACCACUGGCGAUGAAAAGCUCGAUAAAGCCCUCAAUGGAGGCAUUCCAUGCGGCUGUCUCGUGGAGAUCAGCGGAGGCUCUGCGACGGGAAAGUCUAAUUUCCUGAUGACAUUGAGCAUGACCAGCCAGCUGCCGUUUGAGUUUGGUGGACUGGGGCCCUCAUUAUUCGAACAAACGCGAAAACCCGUUCAAACCAUGUAUAUACCCACCGAGAGCGCGCUGAGCACAAGACGACUCAGCCAGAUAUCCAGCCAUUACAAGGAGCUUCUUCGAGCGAACGGGAUUCAGGAUAGCGCGGUUUUCCCACAGAUGGAAAACGUGAUUACUCCGUCCGUGGCCAUCUCCGACCUCGAGCGCCAGGACCGAUGUAUUUUCUACCAGCUACCAUUGCUACUGCAGCGAAAUAAAAAUGUCAAGGUGGUGAUUUUGGACUCAGUUACGCACCAUAUACGAGCAGAGCUGCCUAUUUCCCAGCGACGGUCGUAUAUUAUCAAGCUUGGACGCUUUCUGCGGAAACUGUGCAACGAGUACAACGUGACCGUCGUUGUGGCGAACCAGAUGACAGACAAGCCACUGGGCGACAUUAUCAGCGACGAGGUGUUUCUUAAGAUGAACGCGGACUACCAGCUGGGCUGGUGCUACGGCUGGGACGAGGUCGGGGUCGUUUAUCGCCAGCUGUGCUCGCGCAACAAGCAGGACUUCGACACUUACGAUGAGAUCGACUACGCAGAUUAUUCCGAAGAUUCGAGCACGCAGGAAACGUCUCAGAGGAGCUCGACACCGAUCUGGGACCAGCUCAAGACCGAGCGCAAGAAGAUGUUUGAGUCCAAGUACAGGAACAAAGUGUCCAAAAUCAAGACUGUGCCUGCCCUUGGACUGGAUUGGCUCAAUUUUCUCGAUGCCCGAAUAUCUUUGAUCAAAGACUAUAAACCAAUACUUAAUGAGCAGAUGAUAGAGGAGUUCAGCGAAGACCUGGGCAUCGACUCGUCGUUUUUGCGGUCACAGGAGGACGACGAAAACUCGAGCACUGAAUCCAAGCGCAAGACUGUGGCGGAGGUGCUCAUGUCGAACGACUACCUAGCCAAUUACAAUUUUGAGACUCAGCGAAAGCUGCUCAUUGUUUUCAGUCCUCUGGUGUCUGGCGCACGCCAACGAGAAUGUGUCUUCGAAAUCUGGAACGGGGGCAUCAGAUGUCCUUAA